GGAAAAAAAUCCAGACAAAACAAUCUCGAAAUCCAGUUAACCAAUCAACCCCACGCCGCCGCCGGCUGCGCCUCGUUGGCCUCGCCCCACGUCACAUGCCAAAUUCCGCGGCGAGAGGAAGCCCCGAGCAGGAGGCCACGCGACGAGCAGGCGGGACGCGCGGGAGGAAGGGAGACACAGAGGAGGGAGCGAGAACCUCCGGCGUCCGGCCUCGUCGGCUCCCCAGCGAUCACCGGCGGCGAGGGGGCGCGGCGAUCGGACGGAGCAGGGGGGCGGAGGGCGGAGCCGAGCGAGCGCCAAGCGUUGCAGAUUUGGGGGCCGGGCCUCGGGCUCGCCCGGUUCUUGUAGUGACCAAACCGGCCCGUGAACCCUGUGCCCGGGCCCGACCCGCGGCUGAACCAGCACGCGGCAGAGGCAUCUCGUAAGCAGCAGCAGAGAGCUGAAAUUGAGAGAGGCGAGGGGCCUUUGCGGCGGCUGCGGAGACGGCGAUGGCAGGCGCGGAGGGGAGAGGUCCGAGGCGGAGCCGCGUGGCGUUCGUGCUGGUGGACGGGAUCGGGGACGUGAGCGUUCCGUCGCUGGGCGGGCGUACGCCACUGGAGGCGGCGUGCACGCCGCGGCUGGACGCGGUGGCGGCGGUCGGGGUGACCGGGCUCAUGGACCCCGUGGAGCCGGGGCUCGCCUGCGGCAGCGAUACGGCGCACCUAUCGCUCCUCGGGUACGACCCUCGGGUGUACUACCGCGGCCGCGGCGCGUUCGAGUCCAUGGGCGCCGGGCUCGCCAUGGCGCCCGGCGACAUCGCCUUCAAGUCAAACUUCGCUACACUGGAUGAGAGCACUGGAGUUAUCAUCAGCAGGAGGGCGGAUCGGCAUUUUGAAGAGGAAGGCCCUAUCCUCUGUGCGGCGUUGGAUGGGAUGAGGCUUCCGUCAUUUCCUGAAUAUGAAAUUAGAGUAAGAUAUGCUACUGAGCACAGAUGUGGUGUGGUUGUCAAAGGACCAAAGCUGAGUGGGAACAUUUCUGGAACCGAUCCCUUGAAGGACAACCGCUUGCAUCUGAAGGCUGAACCGUUGGAUGACUCGCAAGAAGCUAAAAACAGUGCAGCUGUGAUCAAUGAGCUUUCUAAAGAGAUAACGCACAUACUGGUUUCUCACCCCAUCAAUGCACAGCGUGCAGCUGAGGGGAAGAACAUCGCAAACGUUGUGCUGUUGCGAGGCUGUGGUAUUCGGAUUGAGGUGCCUGCCUUUGAAACCAAGCAUGGACUUGCACCUUGCAUGGUUGCUCCUACUAAGAUCAUAGCUGGCUUGGGGUUGUCACUGGGGAUUGAUAUCCUUGAAGCACCUGGAGCAACUGGAGAUUACCGUACUCUCUUAACUUCUAAAGCUAAAGCUAUAGCCAAGGCAUUAUCUUCCCCUAUGGGUACACCACCUCGUGUUUUUGUGCCUGGAGAGGAUGAAUACAAAGCUGGAAAAGAAAAUGGAUAUGACUUUGGGUUCCUGCACAUAAAGGCCAUUGAUGAUGCUGGUCAUGAUAAGGCUGUCAAGUUAAAGGUACGGGGUCUAGAAGCUGUUGAUCGAGCUUUUGGUCAGCUUGCAAGGCUUCUUUGGGAAGCUGAAAAUGCCGGACACUACCAGUACUUUCUGUGUGUCACUGGAGACCAUUCUACUCCUGUUGAAUAUGGUGACCAUAGCUUCGAACCCGUCCCAUUUGCAAUAUGCAGACUGAGAGAUUAUGCAGGAGCCGUUGGGGUUGAUAAUAUUAUAAAUACACAGCUUGAUGCUUUCCCCCUCCCUUCAGUAAAAUCCGGAGAAGAUUUGCUUGACAAUAUAGAAUCACUUGAUCACAAGCCUGAUCAACUUAAAGCUUUCAGUGGUGACACUGUGUGUGAGUUCAACGAGAUUGCCACUGCGAGGGGCUGCCUUGGACGAUUCCCUGGGAGUGAGAUGAUGGGCAUUAUUAAAAAGUUUAUCAAGGCGAAGAAUGAUUAAUGCUGGUUGAAGUGCUAACCUUUUGCGUGAUCUGUAGACCAUAAGGCUUUUCUAUGUAAUAAACUUGUUGGCGCUUGUUUGGACAAACACUAACCAUCCCUAGGUCGCCCUCGUAGUGAGUCCGGACCUUGAAGAUGAUCCCUAGGUUUCGCCCACAGAUGGUCGAGAGGAGGGAGAUAAUAAAUAAUAUGUAAGACAAAUAACACUACCUCGAAUGUGAUCUUGAAAGAAAACCUUGGAACCAA